AUGUUGGCUCGUGGAAGAGAUGGUUGGCAUCCGUUCACAGCAUGGAGGUCGUUGUGGAUUCCAGGCGCGAUGGCGAAGAAGCCCUCCGAGUUGGACGUCAUGAAAGAAGUUGACGUGGCCACCAUCUCCCAAAGACUUUCGAAGCCAAGUCUAGCAAACGGCUGGACUCUGGUUGGAGAUUUGGGGAUCACUACUACCGUCGCUCCAAUGCUCAGUAUCGUCUUCGCUCGUGCCCUCCAGCCAGAUUGGUAUCGGCAACUUCCAGACAGUGAUGUCGAGUUCAUUUUUCCCGAGCUCUUCCACGGCUUGUUGUAUGGUCUGUGCUGGCUUCUGGGAGGUCUUGCACUUGGUGCUUUCGAGACCAAGGCUGUAAAUCCUAAGAACCUCCUGGAGACUAUUCAGCGGACAGCAUGGGCCGCUGUGGCGACAGUUUGGCUGGCGUGCUCAGCCUGGCUGGUUUUAAGGGCAAAUGGCUGGCUUCCGGACAGCUACGCGGCCCUGGGUUAUGUGACCAGCGCAGCCUUCUUGCCGACUUUUCGAGACUUUUUCAUCGACCUCCAGUUUGAGGUGUGGUGUCUUAUUGCGUGGCGGCUGACACGAGCCGUUUCGGUUGAAGGAUCAGGGCUCUAUGCAGAAGGCAAGCGGUCCGACACUGGACUGAUAGACAAGGGCUUAAUCCUGGUUGCUUUGGUGUUGUAUGGUAUACGCAAGCACGCAUGCCUUCAUGGUCGCAUACAUACAGACAAGAUCCUUCAUGCAUCCUUUCUCUGUGUUACUUAG